AUUGCGUUACAUUGUAGCAAAAUGGCGGCUGUCAUUCAGAAUCCACUAAAAGCGUUGGGCGACCAAUUCUAUAAGGAGGCCAUUGAGCAGUGCCGCAGCUACAAUGCCCGCCUGUGUGCUGAACGCAGUGUCCGCCUGCCAUUCCUGGACUCUCAAACGGGCGUGGCCCAGAACAACUGCUACAUCUGGAUGGAGCGGCACCACCGUAGCCCCGGGGUUUCACCUGGGCAGAUGUACACAUACCCCGCCCGCUGCUGGAGAAAGAAAAGACGGCUGCACAAUGCCACGGAUCCCCGUCUGGGCAUCUACGGUCUCCAGCUCGACGGCGGCCUCAUGUCCAAGGACACCUUGCCCACUCAGAGCACCACACUGGAGGCUCUGCUGCGAGGCGAGGGUCUAGACAAGAGGAACAACGCUAAGAACGACGAGGAGAGCCUGCUGGAGAUCCAGAGGGUUCUGGAGGCUGACGCAGCAGAGGAUGCUUUCAACGACGAUGAUGACUACGAGGUGGACACUCCAAAGAGGAGACAUCGGGGCAAAGGAAGAGGUCGGGGUUCAGGCCGCAGGAGGGCAGAUCUGGAUGACGACAAGCCAUAUGUCUGUGACAACAGAUACAAACAGAAGCAGAACUCAAAAUCUUCAGCCUCAGUCUGUGCAAAGCGCUACAGGAACCGUACGGGACUAAGCUACCACUACACCCAUUCCCACCUGGCAGAGGAGGACAGGGCUGGAGAGAGGAACACGGUGGCGUCCAAAUCCCCGUCUGCACCACAGACUGACAGACACAAACGUCCAAAGGGUCCAGGUGGGACCAGUAUUCCCAACAACUACUGUAAUAAAUGCCAGGGCUCAAACAAGAAAACGGGUAAAUCUGGGCCUCCCUGCUCCGCCUGCCAAUGCACAACUGACGGCGGAGAAGAGAAGGAAGACGGGACUUUCGCCGGAGCUGAGGAGCUGUUCGGCACCACCUCGGAGAGCGACACUUCCACCUUUCACGGCUUCGAAGACGACGAGCUGGAAGAGCCCGCCACAAACAGCAACGGCAUAUCCAGCCGACACAGAUAGAGUGAACCUCUUAGAUUUCAAGAGACAGUGUUUUUUUUAUAUGGAUUAACCUCUGGCAAAAAUUUGCUGCUUCUUUUUCAAUUUUUUUGUUUUUUUUUUUUUGUUUUGUUUUUUGUUUUUUUUUGCAGAAAGCACAAAGUGAUCAUUUCAGGAGAGAAAUGCAAGUGGUAUUUUAUCUACUGAACUUUGUUGAAUAAUUUAUGAACAUCUUUUUUUUUAUAUAUAAAUAUAUAUAUAUAUUAACUUUUAAGGCAACAAACGACUGUCAGUGUUUGUUGACAAGUGACUGGGCCUCCAUGCAAAACAGAAGACCUUUUUGGAGUGUUUUGUUUUUUUUUUGUUUUUUUUUGCCCCUCUGGAGCAGAAGGAGCAUAAAUGCGAUGAACAAAAAAACACUGGAGAAGUUGGAAAAUUGAGCAACUGAAAAUUUUAAAGGCAUGAAUGAUACGUUUGGAGGUUGACUGAAUGUCAUUGCGAGACCCUUACUUGAGCUACUGGAUGUUUUUUGAAUCAGUAGUGGCUGUUACUAUGAAGGCCUCUUCUUCUGCUCUGACUUUGGAUUAAACUUGUUUGAAAAUGAAGGAACCAACGAAAGGACUGCCACAGGCCACUGGACAUGUUUGGAUGAAGAAGUCUACAAAUUUCCUCUUUACAGAUACAACUGGGCUUAAAAGGUAAAAAAUGAAAGGAGCACUCAGCACAUUGGCCCAGCUGUGGGGGUGACCAGUGAAGAAGAGGAUUUAACCCUCAAAAACUAAUGAGCCUUCAUGUCCCUCCUGAUUCAGGCUUAAAAUAAGUGACUGAAACGGAUGAACAGACAUCCUUCACUUCGACAGGCCAUGUGGCUUAAUUGAAGCAACUGCUCCCUUGACGAUAUAUAUCGAUCCCUUCUGAACAUUUGAUAUGUGAGUUGAUCCAGCUUCAUUUCAUCCUUUCUGCACUGUGCUGGAGCUCCACUGAACUAUGGGAACACUAAAGGCCAGGCCUUUGGACUGUUUGUGCCCAACGGGUGCAUUUGGGGGGCCCCCGUGGCCCAGCCUGCCCACUCCUGCUCUGUGACUGUGUGUCUGCUGUGUGAUCCGAUGUGACACUAAGACGUCAUUAUCCUCAUCACUGUGCCAGCCUCCCGCUCUGCACUGGAAACCAGCUCUGACAGCCAUGACCCCCCCCUCCCCCCACUACCCCUCUGCCCCCAACCUGAUUGGACCAGUGACCCCCUGACCCCCCCAGUCGUAGAGAUGGUGCUCAAAUCCACCACUAUUACAUGCAGACCUCUGGACUACUGUAUUAAUACUCUGACAUGGACGCAAAGGUUUUCUGCUUCUGUCCCUCUGUCUGUUCUUUGCUCUUCUGCCUCUCUCAGCUCUAAUGGGUCGCAGUAAUUUAGUUCUUUUUUUUUUUUGCAUAUUUUCUCCGUUGUAUAAUAUUUCUAUGUUUUGAACUCUUUAAAGGUUAAUUAGUAUGACUUCUUGGGUUUGUUCAGACUGUAUUGAUACCUCUGUCCUGAUCAGGUGCACAAUAGCCACAACUACUCAGGCAUCUUUCAUUUCCUCUGCUGUUGAUUGUUCUGCCACUCAGCCCUGAUUCAUGUGAUUGUAUUCAGCUGGCGAGGACAAAAACGCCACGCAAGGAUCCCAUUAUAAUCAACUCCCAAAAGGGAUUUGGGACGCUGCAGUCUCAUGCUAUAGGAAAACAUCGCAAUAACAAGCUUCAGCUUUGUCAGGUCUGCGCUGAUUUUACCCGGUGUCACACUCGCCAUCCGCUUUUUGUUUGAAAUCUACAGCCUCAGUAGAUUUUGACGAGAGUGAGAUUCAUCUCAGAUGCGUUUGAAACCAAUAUUGUUGCUACAGACAUAACUGCGCUCAGAUCCGUAUACUUAGUGAGAAUUGAAAACUGUAAAAUCCAAGUUGUCCGUGACAUUUCCUUUGAGUGCUUUAGAGGGCCUAAUUGCUUUAUGACAUUUAGAAGGUGCUUGAAGUACUGUAUCAAAAAGCCUUUUAGGUCCAUAGGUUGCACAUGCUGUGUAAGAGGUCCUCGUCCUUCCAUGUGAUUUUUUUCAGUAUCGCUGCAAUGUAAUAAUAGCCGCUCCACUUUCGAAGCUAACCAUUAAUCCUAUGUGUCUGGUAUGACUAGCUUGUGCAUUCAAACUAACUUCCUUCACUUCCCUCAGGGACCCUCCACACAGCAGUUUAUCUCAUCCGGACAAAUAAUGGAUCUCAGACUUGUCAGUUAUCUUGUCUUCUUCUCUUGUACCAGUUAUGUGGUGUUUUAUCUUCGGAAGUCACGCCAUUAAGUGAAAGCAAGUGUCAUCGAUCAUAACCUGCUAAAUGUUACCUACCGUAUAGGAACAGGCCUAGUGUGGUGCAGUUCUGAACAAAAGGAGAAGCUCCUAAAUGCAAAAGUCAGUGAUGUCUGCUUAAAAUAAUGUGUCACCAAUCAUUGAAUAGCCUGUAUACCUCGUCAAAGACACAGCAAUAGGCCCUGGUACUCUCUUGUCAAGCCUGCCAGGGAUGGAGAGGGAGGAUCGGGGUGGGAACGGAGCCAAGAGGAGAUGAAAUGGACAUGACUGGGCGUUUGUUUCAUCUUCAGCUGUAAAUACAAGUCGAAAUGGAAAAUGAAUGAAGAAGUCUUUGUUUGUUAAACUAUUUUUAUUGUUCUGAAAAAAAAUAAAGAAAAAAAUAAAGAAGAAAUGGUAAUGCUCAAUACUGGUUUUUCUAAAAAAAAAAACAAAAGGGCCACAGGUCGUUUUGAAAAGGCCGCUGAUAA